AUGGCACAGGAACUAAAUGUGGAUGCGAUCAUUGAGAAGCUACGUGCUGUGCACCGCAAAAAAGACAAAACCGUAAAUUUGAGCGAGCAAGAAGUAAUACAGCUCUGUAAAGAAUCGCAGGGUAUUUUUGAGCGACAGUCUGUCCUGCUUGAGAUUAAGGCUCCUGUUAAAAUAUGUGGAGACAUCCAUGGACAGUACGGAGAUCUUCUCUCAUUAUUUGAGUUCGGCGGGUUUCCGCCAGAAUCCAACUAUCUUUUUCUGGGGGACUACGUUGACAGGGGAAGACAAAGCCUUGAAUGCAUCUGUCUACUUCUAGCAUACAAAAUCAAAUAUCCAAACAAUUUUUUCUUAUUAAGAGGAAACCACGAGUGCGCAAGUAUUAACAGGAUCUACGGAUUCUAUGAUGAAUGCAAAAGACGAUAUUCCAUCAACCUCUGGAAGAUAUUUACAGAAUGCUUUGACUGGUUGCCAAUAGCAGCAUUGAUUGAUAGACGUAUUCUGUGCAUGCACGGUGGAAUAUCACCUGAUUUAAAGAGCCUGGAUCAAAUAAGGAGGAUAAAGAGGCCAACGGAUGUACCGGACAAAGGACUGCUGUGUGAUCUGCUAUGGAGCGAUCCCGAGAAGAACAUAGUUGGGUGGGGAGAGAAUGAUCGCGGUGUUUCUGUGACGUUUGGUGCAGACGUUGUUGAAGACUUUCUUGAAAUGGUCAAUAUUGAUUUGAUUUGUCGUGCACACCAGGUCGUUGAGGAUGGAUAUGAAUUUUUUGCAGACAAGGGUCUUGUGACGCUAUUCAGCGCACCCAACUACUGUGGAGAGUUUGAGAACUCCGGUGUUAUAAUGAACGUAGAUGAAAGGCUGUGCUGCAGUUUUCAGGUUUUAAAGCCGUCUGACCAGAGCGACACUAAGAAACAAAAGUUUUCAGUAUCCCAAAGCAAGAAAUAA